CCUAGAGAGGGGACUGCCAAGAGGCCCAAUGCGAGGUAAGUCAUUGAAUUUGUAUGGCCAGCUACUGUGGGUGAAGAGAGAUCGGCCCUCAGCGCACAUGGUGGCUGCGGAGUAGGUCCAGCAUUUCCUCAUUUCUUCCUGUUUCCUCUUGCUCCUCCUCCUUUGUUCAUUCUCUCCCGUCUCUAUAAACAUAUCGGUCUCUGUCGUUACAAACCCCCUCCAAUCCUCACCAUGGGAGCUCGCCGCCGCAAUGUCUUCGUCGGGCUGCUUCUCACCCUCUCAUCCUCAGCCUCCGCCAACUAUGUCGACUAUAAGGAAGUCCCUCUCUACUCCGACCUCGCGCCGUGUGCCAUGAGCGCCGUCAGCUACGCCCUCGAGCACCUCACCCUCAGCGCCUGCCCCUCCGGUAUCACAGCUCUCCAGUCCUGCGCCUGCACCAAGGACAACAACGCCGCCGCUGUAGUUACGACCAUCUCCAAGAGCGUCAGCGCCCAGUGUGGCAGCACCGCGACAGAGGACUUCGCGAGCGCGUCCCAGGUCUUCAAUGAGUACUGCAACUCAGGCGCCAAAGUCACCGCGGCGGCCACCCUCCCCACGCCCGUCUCGCUCAGCAUUACCGACCUAGCCGACUUCUCCUCCCUGGCUCCCUGUGCCCAGAGUGCUGUCAGCUAUGUCGUCGACUACCUCACCUACAGGGCAUGUCCACCCGGUGUCGCAGCGCUGCAGUCCUGCGCGUGCACCAAGGGCAACAUCGCAGCAUCCGUACAUGAUGAUAUAUCCUCGAGUGUCGGCUCCCGAUGUGGCACGACGGCCUCGGAAGACUUCGUGAGCGCCUCGGAGAUAUUCAACCAGUACUGCAAUCCUGGUUCCAAGGUGACCGCGAAGCCCGCAAACCCGAACGCGCUGGCUGUCUACAUCACCGACCUGCCGGCAUACUCAUACCUGGCUCCGUGCGCCCAGAGCGCUGUCUCCUAUGCUGUCCAGGGAAUGUCGGACGUAAAGUGCCCAGAGGGGCCUAGCGCGCUCAACUCCUGCGUCUGCACGAAGAACCAAAACGUUUACGUUGCUAGCUCCUCUAUCGUCUCCGCAGUUCAGAAUAGUUGCGGCAGCACCCACCUCGCCGACAUCUCGUCCGCCCAGGCCGUCCUAGCCGGUUACUGCAAGCUCGGCUCUGGCGUCACCUCCUUCCCAGUCCCGUCGAAUGCCGUGGGAAAGAUGACCUACUACAUCACCGAUAUGCCCAUCUACUCAUCGCUAGCUCCUUGCGCUAAGGACGCGGUCCACGAUGCUCUCACCACCCUGACAUACUACCUCUGCCCAGCAGAUGCGGGACCACUAGCCAGCUGCGCAUGUAUGAAGGACAAUAAUAGCCUCCAAGUCUCCAAGAUCCUCACAGACAGCGUCAAGUACGAGUGCAGCGAGACGGCAAGCGAAGACAUCGCUAGCGCUAUGGAUGUCUACAACGCCUACUGUAGCGCAGCUAAGGGCCUGGCCACCCCCACCGGCAUUACCGCAUCAGUACCAACAUCAAACUACGGAACCGUCCCCGGCCCCGCAACUGGCGGCAACAUCGCCGCCCCAACCCCAACCCCCACCAACGCCGACGGCUCCCCCGCUACCCCCGGUCCUGACGGUUCCACAGGUGGCUCCUCCGGCGACACCACAAACCCCGACGGUACGCCCAAGACAAAGAAAUCCAACACCGCCGCGAUAGCAGGUGGUGUGGUCGGAGGUAUCGGUGCCCUCGCCAUUGGCGCAGGUGCACUAUUCUUCUUCUUGCGCCGCAGGAAACAGAGGCCUGUGUCUGGCCCGCUGCUCGCCCCUGCAUCAGAUGAUAAACCGCCCGGUACGUCGGGGACGAUGGGCCCGGGUGCGACCGAAUUAGCUGGGAAAGAUGAAUGGAAAGGCGCCGGUGGGACGGAGCUCGUUGGUUCCUCCCCCGGGCAACAACACUCCGAACUAGCGGGGUCAGGAUCACCACACGGACCUGGGACGGAGAUGUACGCGUCCCCUGCGCUGACGCACUCUGAGCUCCACGGCGAUGUGAGUCCGGGUGGUCAAGGCUACGCAGGCUCGCAGUCGCCUGGGAGUCCGUAUGGAAGCACAGUUCAUGAGGCGGGCGCGGGACAGGCGAGGCCGGAGCUGCAUGGGUCGACGACCGGGUCUGUGGUUUCGCCUGUUAGUGGCGGAGGGGCGGGGCAGUCACAUGAGAUGCAUGCGUAUCCGAUGAGUGCGACGAUGAAUAGUCCUGUUUAUGAGAUGCCUGCGGAGUAUAGGUCAUCGAAGCAAAUGAUAAACCGAGAAACGGGGGGUUCGAAUUCGUCUAAAAAGAAAUCAGUCUCGUCCAUAUCGGUGCAAGCGCCAUCAUCAAGAAUAUAUUCGUAUGCAAACCAAAACACUGGCGCAGAGGAAAUGCAGGUCAUUGAUCGAACCGGGCACGGGCAUGGGAACUGCAAUACGCAGCAGUACGCCAAACGAACCUCUGCGAAUGAGCAUUAUACCAUCGAGCAGUACGAAGGGAAGUUUUGUACAAGGGCACCCGACUAUGGAAAUUACAGCAACCAGCUAUACUCAGCACAGGUUAGUGCUGGGGCCGUCAGUCUUGGUAUAGAAGUAUCGCCAGCCCUACAACUCUCUCUCGCCGAGCAGCAUGGCAGGUUAAGAGCUAGAGAGCCGACCUAUUCGACUGUUGGAGAGGGAGCGCAGUUUUUAAUGGAUAAUCAGUGUGGAGAUUUUGGGAACUUGGAGGAGACCUCACGGCACGAGCCGUAUGUAGCGUUCGAAUAUGUGAAUGGUGGUUUAAAUGAAGACUUAGCGGGGGUUGGGUCGCAAUUUGAUAGCUGUGGAAGCUACUGCAAGCAUUUAUAG